AUGAUUCUUACAUCCGUUUCAAGCUCUGUCUAUGUGCUCCGAGACGAAGGGCGAACGCCGAUUGCAAGCCGUCUACGACUUGCACGGGGGAAAACCGACGAGACGGGCGACAUCGCAUGGGGAUGCGGUCCACUGUCAGACAAGCUCUUCGCCUCCUCCAUGACGAAGGCGGAGAAGGCAUUCAGCGGCACACACAAGGUGUUCGACAUGACGACAGAGCGGCCGAUAUGCACAAUGGAGAUCCAGGAGGCCGGAGACUCCAUCGCCGUCCACCCGGCAGGUACGUCAAUCCACAUAACAGCACGCGCCUCUCCUGACAGUCCGAGCACGGCAGGCACCUUCGUGGCCAUCGCCACGAAGCCCUCCAAGCGCGCACACACCCUGUACCUCUUCGACGGCCGGCGCUUGGGCUCGCAGCCCGUGCACACCCUCGCGCUGGACAGCUUCCAGCAGAGCGUGACGACGAUGAAGUUCAGCCCGGACGGCGUGUACCUCGCGCUCGCGCGGGACGACAACACGACGGACGUGUAUGACGCGCGGUUCCUCGGCCGCAGGAAGCUCCACGCAUUCACGCACGAGCCAGGCAACGUCCUGACGUACACGAAGGACGUCUACGGCGUGGUAGAGGCGCAGUGGGUGGAAGGACAUCCUUCGGGGUUGGGGCUCGUCACGGGCGGGUGUGAUGGCUGCGUUCGAUUGUGGGACGUCCGCUUGGCGGAUAGCGAUCCGAACAACGGCCUGCCCAUUGCCCAGUGCGGACACGAUCUGGGGCACUUCUCCCUUGGAGAUCCUUCCAGAGACGAGAUGCCCCUUGUCAUAGGCGAGAUGUCAGGAAAGGUCACCAUCUUCGACCACACAGGAAGGCACAGAUAG